CCCAAACCGCCACAAUUCCAUAAUCAAACUACUUCCGGCGGGGGUUCUUCGCUGAAUUUCCUCUCUGCAAUCCGCUAUCGUCAUCUUUCUCCUCUUCUCUUCAUAUCAGUAAUGGAAUCACAAGGAGCAGCAGGAAAACCAUGGACCCCUAAGCUGACUCUUGAAUGUUACCUAAAUUUGAAUAAUUUGGACUCCAUUUCUUCUACUACUCUUCGAAAGAUAAUCACAAUGCAUGGAUUCAAUAGCAUCAAAGUUCCAAAGAAUGAUUUAAUGGAUGCAGUGGGGUCCAUCGAGCUGAUGGAUGCACACCACUCGACACUAGAAAACGACUGUGUGUCUUCAGACGCAUACUUAAGUCUGAAUGAUGUGAUUGAGGAUCUUUCAGAUAUUCAUUGGCAAGAAUGUUGCAUCACUUCUAUUCAGACUAUCAAUUCCACCAUUGAUUUUAGCUCCAAGGAUAUUGAUGACGUGGCAGCAUGCUCCUCAAUUGUGAUUAACAAUGGAAACAAAAAGAAGAAAAGUAAGCUCACUGAUAAACCCCCUGUCUUGUUCACCUAUGCUCGUAGAGGUGCAAAAUAAAAUAAUAGUAAAUAAAAGUGAAAUAGAUAAAAGGGCAAUAUAGUAAUAUUACAUACGCUUGUGUUUAACUUUCUAGAGACUAGCUUUAAAGCAUAACAAUAUAACUUCAUCAAUAUUGUUGUUGAAGGGUUACAUGGAAAUUCAAACUCCUUGUGGAAAGAGUGUAAACUGAAACCUACAAUAUGGAGUUUUGAAAUGAUUUACCGAAAUUUAGUUGGUAUA